CCCGGGCCGGCUGGGCGGGGUGCUGGGUUGCCAGGACGACCGUAGCGGGUUAGUAGCAGAGUCGUUUGGAGACUCCCGGCGCGUAGAAGACUGAGUACCGGUGGAGAGGUCGUUCGCAGUGGCUGCUUCCCGGUAAACCAUGGGCAGCAAGAAGAAGGAAAUUGCUUUGCAGGUCAACAUCAGCACCCAGGAGCUUUGGGAAGAAAUGCUGAGUUCCAAAGGAUUAACUGUUGUUGAUGUCUACCAAGGCUGGUGUGGCCCCUGCAAACCUGUGGCAAGCCUCUUCCAGAAGAUGAGGAUUGAGGUUGGCCUGGACCUUCUGCACUUUGCAUUAGCAGAGGCCGAUUGUCUUGAUGUCCUUGAAAAAUACCGAGGGAAGUGUGAGCCAACCUUUCUGUUUUAUGCAGGAGGAGAACUGGUGGCUGUGGUCAGGGGAGCAAAUGCUCCACUGCUGGAGAAGACCAUCCUCGACCAACUGGAGGCUGAAAAGAAGGUGCUAGCUGAAGGCAGAGAACGGAAAGUGAUUAAAGAUGAGGCUCUUUCUGAUGAAGACGAAUAUUUUCUCCAUGAAAAAAAUGAUGGAGAAGAUGAGGACGUGGUGUCAUCAGAGGAGACCUGUACCUUGGCAAUCAUUAAGCCAGAUGCAGUGGUCCAUGGAAAGACGGAUGAGAUUAUUAUGAAGAUCCAAGAAGCUGGGUUUGACAUUCUAACAAACGAAGAGAGAACCAUGACCGAGGCAGAAAUGCGUCUUUUCUACCAAUACAGAGCUGGAGAGGAGGCAUUUGAAAAGCUGGUACAUCACAUGUGCAGUGGACCGAGCCAUCUCCUUAUCCUCACCAGGACCAAGGACAGCGAGGAUGUGAUUACUGCCUGGCGAACCCUAAUGGGGCCCUGUGACCCCUGUGUGGCCAGGAGAGAGCAGCCUGAAAGUCUCCGGGCUCUGUAUGGCACAGAGAUGCCCUUCAACGCUGUCCAUGGGAGCCGCGACCGAGAAGAUGCCAGCAGAGAGCUGGCAUUACUCUUCCCCAGUGUCAAGUUUUCAGAUGAAGAUGUGGAGGCCCCUCAGGGAAGAAGAAAUAUUGAAGAGUUCAAGGGCUGAUGGAGCCUCUCUCUUGCCUAUGGACCCUCCAUAGCAGCGCACCCUGUCUUCUUCAGACCUGAACAUUUUAGGAGGUUCCUAACUAAGAUCUGCCUUUGUACUCACAUUCAGAAAAUACUCCCCAGGAGAAAAGACACAUACCUGCUCUUUGACCUCAAUGUUAUGCUCCCCUUCCAGAAUAAGGGUGACGGCUUGCAUAAUUUGCUUUCCAUGAGUACUCAUUAUUUUAUCUAUAUGCUGUAAAACAAUGGGAAGGCCACGGUUAUCAUCUGGGAAACGAAAAGCCCACAGAAAGAACAGAAAGCUUCUAAAAGUUAACAUUCUAUGAUACACAGUUGCUUCAAGCAGAACAACACAGCAUAUAGAACGAGAUGCCAAAGAAUAGUAUUUAUUAUACUGUAAAGCUGCAUUUUGCCUUCAAAUACGUUUCUGAAUGACUUUAUUACAAAGAGAACAUAGAGUUGGUCUGAUAGAAUAUAGAACUAAAAUCAGUGGGAGUGCUCAAGCCCAAAGAUAUUAAACAAAAAGGAAGCAUAAAAUUAUGGAUUGGGGGGCAGACAUGGAAAAUACAGUAUAGGUAUUAAUACUAUCUUGGAGCACAACUGUAUGAAGAUGAUUCAAAAGACAAGCAAAGCACAGAGAAGUAAAAUAUGACCAUGUUUCUUCAUCCACCUGAAGUGGUCACCUGACAUGGUUGGUCAGGGAACAUCACAGAACUACACUGAGUGUGACCCCACCAGCAAAGCUGUGCCUUUUCUAUUGACAAAUGCCCACUAAUCUCCACAAUGACAUCUCCAGAGGUUAAUCCAAUAAAUGUGGGAGGGGAAGGUAUGGGAGUGUCUAUGGAACGGCAUUAAGAAGAGUUCUCUAAAUCCAAUCAAGCAGAAGCCUCAGAGAAAAUGAUUCAGGCAGAUGAAAAAUGUGGCCAGCAAGCCAAGCAAGAAUAAAGUAACAAAUCAAGGCAGAUAUAUAUUUGGUGCAAAGGGUGGAGAGACAGACAGGAUGGGCAGUACAGCAGUGUUGGGCAGGGGGGCUCCCAGAACACCUAUGAAGGUGGCAGGUCAAGACAUCAACUCCAUGCUUCUCUGAAAAGGGGCAACAUUUGAGUCAUACUCAGAGGUAGAUGUUGGGGAUUAGAGACAGCAGUGUUGGGUUAGGGACACGGAGGGCUAGCUAAUCUGGAAGCCUGGGUGAUUUUACUUACAGGCCGA